CGCUACGCCGUGCUGAUGCAGAUGCGUUUUGAUGGCCGGCUUGGCUUCCCGGGUGGCUUCGUGGACCCCCAGGACGGUAGCCUGGAGGCGGGCCUGAACCGGGAGCUGCUGGAGGAGCUGGGUGAGGGGGCGGCUGCCUUCAGCGUGGGCCCGGCGGAGUACCGCAGCUCCCACGCCACGGCCAACCCCCCGCCCCGCGUCGUGGCCCAUUUCUACGCCAAGCAGCUGACGCUGGACCAAGUGCUGGCUCUGGAAGCGGGAGCCCCCCGGGCCAAGGAUCACGGGCUGGAGGUGCUGGGCCUCGU